AUGCACCCAAGCUGCAAGCUCCAUCCUAGUCCGAGUCCAGUCCGCCGCGUGUUUCGCUUGUGCACCAUCACAGCAAAGAGACCCUCGAGGCGUUCCGGGAUCAACAACGACAGUCCCUGUGACUUGACGGAGCGGAUCUCGGUGUCCUCCAUCGUCCUCCGUCUCCUCCCAUGCACAUCGAGGAGUCUAUACUGGGAUGAUCGCGUGUGGUACGAUCAGUUCACGUCCACGGACUGGGUGCAUGAUAGCAUUGCGGACGCAUAUCGAGUGAAAGAGCUACGGAGUCGACGAGACUUUCGAGGAAGGGUCAAGGCUUUCUUCGAUGGUGCUCAAGGCUGGUUACUAGUGUUUGUCAUCGGGUGUGUCACUGCAGGUUUUGCAUACAUGAUUGAUGUGACCGAAGCCAAGAUCUUCGACUGGAAGACGGGAUACUGUUCGAGUCGCUGGUACUUCAGUAAGAGGCAGUGCUGUUCCGGAGCGAGUGCGUGCGAGGAUUGGUCUAGAUGGUCGAGACUGAUUGACGGAGGACAGGACGAGAGUGGGAAGCUUUGGCUGGACUUUGCUGCAUUUGUCGGUUGGGUUGUGCUGUUGGCGUUGGCUGCGUGUGUGGUGACGCUGCGAACGAAGACAACAAUAUCUUCGGCAAUUUCGUUGAGCACUCUGGAUGAGAAUCUGGGAGCUGAGAGGCAUGAUUCUGGGAAGGGGAGGACUGAAGGUGGUGGACCGGGCACGCUGAGUCCAACAAGACGAUUUCAGGAAGCGGCCAAGCGACCGCCCGUCGUGUACUACCCUGCAGCCGGAAGUGGAGUGGCAGAGGUGAGAGUGAUUCUCUCAGGCUUCGUGCUGCACGGCUACCUGGGUGCGCAGACACUGGUCUACAAGACAGUUGGUCUGAUUCUCAGCGUCGGCUCCGGACUCUCUGUCGGCAAAGAGGGUCCUUACGUGCACAUCGCAGCGUGUAUCGGAAAUAUUGCGUCUCGCGUGUCAUCCAAGUACCGCAACAACGACGCUAAACGACGAGAAGUGCUCUCGGCGUCCGCCGCAGCUGGUGUAGCAGUGGCAUUCGGUGCUCCGAUCGGCGGCGUGCUAUUCAGUCUGGAAGAAGUGAGCUACUACUUUCCGCCCAAGACCAUGUUCAGGACCUUCUUCUGCUGUAUCGCAGCGGCGCUAUCAUUGAAGUUCCUCAACCCAUACGGCACCAACAAAAUUGUACUCUUCCAAGUACGAUAUGUCACCGACUGGAACUUGUUCGAAAUCAUCAUCUUCGCCGCACUAGGUGUGAUGGGUGGCACGCUAGGCGCGCUCUUCAUCAAGGCUUCCCGCAUCUGGGCGAAGACUUUCCGUCGCUCAGCCAUGAUCAAGAGUUACCCCAUGCUGGAAGUCUUCAUCGUUGCAGUCGUCACCGGGCUUGUCAGUUUCUGGAAUCGCUAUACACGUGUCCCAGUGGCGGAGCUUCUCUACGAACUCGCGGCGCCCUGCGAUGCGUUCUCCGACACAGGCACCGGACUCUGUCCGACUCAAGAAAACAUUCCCGAGACAAUUCGCUAUCUCUUCGCUGCCUUCUUCAUCAAAGCCAUGCUCACCGUUGUCACAUUCGGCAUCAAAGUUCCUGCCGGCAUUUACGUUCCCUCUAUGGUGGUCGGCGGUCUUCUUGGUCGGAUUGUCGGCCACAUCGUCCAGCUCAUCAUUCUGCGCUACCCGGAUCUCGCUCUCUCCAUUGGCUGUUCAAGCAAUGGCUCCCCUGAAGCCUGCGUUGUGCCGGGCGUGUACGCUCUCGUCGCAGCUGGAGCGACUAUGUGUGGCGUCACUCGCUUGUCGGUCACGCUGGCAGUCAUACUCUUCGAACUGACGGGCAGUCUCGAACACGUCCUGCCUUUCGCCAUGGGUGUGCUGAUCGCUAAGUGGACUGCGGAUGCUCUCGAGCCACUUUCUAUCUAUGACCUUCUUACUGACAUGAAUGCUUACCCUUACCUCGACCACAAAGUCAGGCCAGUCUUCACCACUGAUCUAGGCGAUAUCACCACUGCACCGAAUCAGAAUCGCUACAUCGACAUUACAGCCAGUGCGUUCGUGCCUGCGAAGCAACUCAGAUUUCAGCUGGAGUACUUGCACAUGGCGGGCGAAAUCGACGGCGGACUGCCAAUCUUGAGACACGACGUUCUGGUUGGACUAAUUCCUGGCCCAGACUUGGAAUUCGCACUGGACUUGCUGGAAAGCGAGGACGAAGCUAUGUUCGAACCCUCCUCUGCCACUUCUCCCGACGAAGAAGAAGAAGAAGAUGGCGGCCCCGACCUCACGGAUUUUACGCGAUAUAUCGACCCAUCACCUGUCAGUCUCGAUAUCACGAGCCCGAUGGACCUGGUCUUUGAGUGUUUUGUGAAGUUGGGUUUGAGGUAUAUUUGCGUGACGUGUGAGGGCAAGUAUGCGGGCAUGGUGCAUAAGAAGACUUUUGUGAGGUAUGUCAAGGAGGAGCAGGAUCGGGAACGGGCAGGGAGGGGCGCUGGGACGAAGAGAAGAUGA